AUGAAGGAAUUGGACUACGAGAACAUCGUCACGUUGUAUGACGUCAUUCACACCGAAAACAAGUUGACUUUGGUGUUCGAAUUCAUGGACAAGGAUUUGAAGAAGUACAUGGAGACGCACGGUAACAAUGGGUGUCUCGACAUGAAGGUGGUCAAGCUGUUUAUGUUUCAAUUGCUUAAAGGUAUCAUGUUCUGUCACGAUAAUCUGGUGUUGCACCGUGAUUUGAAGCCGCAGAAUCUUUUGAUCAACAACAAGGGCGAGUUGAAAAUUGGUGAUUUUGGAUUGGCACGUGCGUUUGGAAUCCCGUUCAACACCUUUUCGAAUGAGGUCGUGACCUUGUGGUACCGUGCACCCGAUGUGUUGUUGGGCUCUCGUGCCUACACUACGUCCAUCGACAUCUGGUCUGCCGGUUGUAUUUUCGCAGAGAUGUGCACUGGUAAGCCUUUGUUCCCUGGUACUGCCAACGAGGAUCAAUUAAAUAAGAUUUUCCGCUUGAUGGGUACUCCAAACGAACGUACCUGGCCUGGUGUCUCGCAGCAUGCUAACUACAAGAGCAACUGGCAAAUCUACGUUCCACAAGACUUGCGCUUGAUCAUUCCCAACUUGGACUCCAUGGGUUUGAAUUUGUUGACCAACUUGUUGCAGAUGAGACCCGAGGCCCGUAUUACUGCCAGACAAGCCUUGCAACAUCCGUGGUUCCAUGAAAUCUCCAAUCCUAACCCAUUAAUGCCAUCUUUGAACGAUCCAUUCCUGCUGCAACAGCAACAGCAACAGCAACAGCAGCAACAGCAGCAAUAA